AGUGAGGGACAGAGUGGGAAGCAGAGGCAGAUAGAAGGAGAGGCAGAGGUGUGACUGGGUGUGAGAGAGAAACGGGCAAACGUAUGCAUGCUCUCCCUGUAAUAUGUCUUGAGAUAUUUUUUAGCUACAAAUAAAUUAGACAAAGAUCUGACACAGGCAGAUACCCGGCGGUGUUUUUCAGAGACAUCUAUUUUUUGUCAGACGCCUGCUACUAUACUGCUCUUUCAGAAAAAAAAAACUUGUGGACUUUUACUUUGCCUCUUAGGAGGAAUCACUUUGUGUACUUCAGUUGCACGACACCUGUGUAUUACACCGCAAGCGACAUCAGGAUACGGAUUACAAUGUUUAGCAGCACUGGGACUUGGGUCGCUUUGGUGACACUUUCCUUGGUGGUAAGGGAAACGCGGGGAGGUUACGGGAUGAGCAUGUUCGCCGCACAGUCAUCCCCUCCUGACCCAUGUAACGACGAGCACGGUAACCCUAGGAGGUGCAUCCCCGACUUCGUGAAUGCUGCGUUCGGCAAAGAUGUGCGCGCGACAAGCACCUGUGGUAACCCCGCUGCGCGCUACUGCGUAGUAACGGAGAAAGGAGAGGAGAGGUCCAGGGACUGCCACACAUGCGACGCCGACGAGCCCAAGAAGACUCAUCCACCAGCAUACUUGACUGAUCUAAACAACCCCCAUAACCUCACCUGUUGGCAGUCAGAAACGUAUGUACAAUAUCCUCAAAACGUGACUCUCACUUUGUCUUUAGGUAAGAAAUUCGAGGUGACCUAUGUAAGCCUACAGUUUUGUUCACCGCGACCUGAAUCUAUGGCCAUUUACAAAUCAAUGGACUAUGGCAAAUCUUGGGUCCCUUUUCAGUUUUACUCUACACAGUGCAAGAAAAUGUUUAACCGGCAAAAUAAAGCCGUUAUCACCAAACAGAACGAGCAGGAGGCCAUCUGCACAGACUCCCACACGGACAUGCAUCCUCUGACCGGGGGACUUAUUGCGUUUAGCACUUUGGACGGUAGACCGUCCGCGCACGACUUUGACAACUCGCCCGUGUUGCAGGACUGGGUAACAGCCACAGACAUCAAAGUAACAUUCAGCCGACUGCACACCUUUGGUGACGAAAACGAGGACGAUUCGGAAUUGGCGCGGGACUCGUAUUUUUACGCAGUGUCUGACUUGCAGGUUGGCGGGAGGUGCAAGUGCAACGGGCACGCUUCAAAGUGCGUGAAAGACCGGGAGGGAAACCUGGUCUGCGAGUGCAAGCACAACACCGCAGGACCAGAGUGUGAUCGAUGCAAACCGUUCCACUAUGAUCGUCCAUGGCAACGCGCCACAGCAAGAGAGGCUAACGAAUGUGUUGCCUGCCACUGUAACCUGCAUGCCCGUCGCUGCCGCUUCAACAUGGAGUUAUACAAGCUCUCAGGCAGACGCAGUGGGGGUGUCUGCCUCAACUGCCGUCACAACACAGCUGGUCGCCACUGCCACUACUGCAAGGAGGGUUACUACCGUGACAUGUCUAAGGCCAUUUCCCAUCGCAAGGCCUGCAAAGCCUGUGAUUGCCACCCAGUGGGAGCCGCAGGCAAGACGUGUAACCAGACCACAGGACAAUGCCCCUGCAAGGAUGGCGUGACUGGGCUCACCUGCAACCGCUGUGCCAAGGGCUACCAGCAGAGCCGCUCCCCCAUUGCCCCCUGCAUCAAGAUCCCCGUGGCGUCUCCCACUACCUCCUACAGCAGCUCAGAAGAGCCCACAGACUGUGAGACCCACUGCAAGGCAUCCAAGGGCAAGAUGAAGAUCAACAUGAAGAAGUACUGCAAGAAACACUACGCGCUUCAAGUCCAUGUGCUGAAGGGUGACAAGGCCGGCGAGUGGUGGAAGUUCACCAUCAACGUCAUCUCCGUUUACAAGCAGGGCGGCCAGCGCAUCCGACGUGGGGACCAGCUGCUGUGGGUGCGUGCCAAGGACGUAGCCUGCCGCUGCCCCAAGAUCAAGCCCGGCCGCAAGUACCUGCUGCUGGGCUCCGAUGAGGAUGACUCCCGUGGCCAGAGCGGCGUGGUGGCCGACAAGGGCAGCCUGCUCAUCCCCUGGAAGGACCUGUGGGCACGACGCCUCCGCAAGUUCCAGCAACGAGACAAGAGGGGCAAGUGCUAGGCCCCUUGUCUGGCAGAGGGGUGAGGUGGCAAAAAAGAAGGAGCAAAAAAGUGUGAAGUAUGAAGAGAAAUAAAGGAAGAGGGAUAUAUCAUAGAUAUGAUUGAGAUGAUGAUGAUGUCUUGGCGUAAAAGAACUGGAGUGCUGCUACCCUGGGUAGAGGCAUACUGACAAUAUUAUAAGCGAAUGUUUUUUUCCCUCCAUUUCCUCAUCUUUAGGAUUGUUUGUGAAGGAGCCCAGUGUUGCAGUCUGUUUUCCUUCAAGGGUUGUGUCUUCAUUGUGGAUUUGCAAAGUUUGCACCUAACCUGGCAUAUAAAAUACUAUGUACAAGUCCUUUGUGUUUCAUUCACAAUAGGUGUUGUUGAUUGUACCAGUUUGUUAUCUUUUUAAAGACAGCAUUACAAAAAAAACAAGCUACUGUAUCUCUUGUCAGAGUCAAAGUUGGCUCUUGUUAUGUGUAUUUUGUCAUUUUGCUUAGAGUUAAGGUGACCGAGAAGAGCUUGUGGUUGAAACAGUCUCAGUUGGCUGUUUCCUUGUUCGAGUUCCAGUGAAACGGUGUAAACCACUUGCCACUAGAAGUGUUAACACACUAAACUCUUCAUUAAGCCGUGGUUUUGCUGUGGUUUCUGCUCACAUUGAUACAACUGUGGGGGUUAGGAUGGGUAUGGAAGUAGAGUCCAUCACAUUUCUUUUGUGCCUUAAUGUUAAAACUUCACGAAUACCUCACCAGUAACAUCUUUUCAUCUUCUUUUCAUUUCCUUACACAACCA